AUGUCCAGGUUACUUCAAAUCAUCGGCAUGAAUAUAGCAAUCCGGAUUGUGUCAAAACCUCGGGCACACGGUAUGAUCUACCACUAUGCAUACCCUUGUGCAACUGUGGCUGGAUUUUAUUUCCCCCCGUUCUUCUUCUUCUUCUUCUCUCCGUCGCUUGUCUCCUUUUUUUUCUUUGCAGAAUUGAGCUUUGCUUGCAUGGCAGCUACAGAGUGGUGCCGGUGCGGUGCUACUGUGGUUUUUUUCCGGAUGGAUGGAUGGAUGGAUGAUGGAUGGAUGGAUGGAUACUGCAGGUUACCGACCGAGUAG